AUGUCGCGCCAGGCAACCAUCAACGUCGGCACCAUCGGCCACGUGGCACACGGCAAGUCCACCGUGGUCAAGGCGCUCAGCGGCGUCAAGACGCAGAAGUUCCACCGCGAGGCUGUCAUGAACAUCACCAUCCAUCUCGGCUACGCCAACGCCAAGGUGUACCAGUGCGAGGCGUGCCCGCGGCCCACCUGCUACCAGACCUACCCGUCCUCGCAGCCCGACAGCACGCCGUGCCCCAACUGCGGCGCCACCAUGACGCUGAAGCGCCACUUCUCCUUCGUGGACUGCCCCGGCCACGACGUGCUGAUGGCGACGAUGCUGAACGGUGCGGCCAUCAUGGACGCGGCGCUGCUGCUCAUCGCGGCGAACGAGUCGUUCCCGCAGCCGCAAACGCUGGAGCACCUGAAGGCGGUGGAGAUCAUGAAGCUGCGCUCCCUCAUUGUCCUGCAGAACAAGAUCGACCUCGUGGGAGAGGUGAAGGCGCACGAUCAGUACCGCCAGAUCCGCGCCUAUCUCGACAACAUCGCACUGAGCGCGCCGAUUGUGCCGAUCUCCGCCCAAUUGAAGCGCAACGUCGAUUACCUGCUGGAGUACCUGCUGCACAUCCCGAUGCCGCAGCGUCAGCUCAAGACGCCGGUGCGCAUGACGGUGGUGCGCUCCUUCGACAUCAACAAGCCGGGCGACGGCGACAUCGAGAGCCUGAAGGGCGGCGUGGCGGGCGGGACGGUGACACAGGGUGUGAUUCAAGUAGGACAGGUGGUCGAGAUCUGCCCCGGUGUGGUGCGCACCCUCAACUCAGACGAGCAGGGAGGGCGGUUCUCCUACACGCCGCUGCGCACCCGCACCGUGUCGCUCAAGGCGGAGAACAACGUGCUGCAGUACGCCAUUCCUGGUGGGUUGAUCGCCGUAGGCACGACGCUGGACCCGACGCUGACGCGGCAGGACAAGAUGGUGGGUAACAUGCUCGGCGCGGAGGGCUCGCUGCCGGCGGUGUACUGCGAAAUUGAGGUGCAAUUCUACUUGUUCUCCGAGAUGGUCGGUGCGAAGUCGAAGGAUGGCAAGUCCUCGGCGAAGCGCGUGCAGAAGCUGAACGUGCUCGAGUCUCUGCAGAUCAACGUUGGCACGCUGACGGCCGGCGCGACGGUGCUGAGCAUUACGCAGGAUCCCGAAAUCGCGAAGUUGGAGCUGGUGACACCCGUGUGCUGCUCGACUGGUGAGCAGGUAGCCAUCUCGCGUAUGGUGGACAAGACCUUCCGCCUGAUUGGCUGGGGUACGAUCCGCCGUGGUGUGUCGAUGAAGCCCAGUGCGUGA